AUGUCAGUGGAAAAGGUUCUUUGCAUGAAUGCAGCAGAUCAUGAAAUUAGCUAUGCCAAUAAUUCUGUCCUACAAAAAGCAGUAAUAUCAAAGGCAAGGCCAAUCCUUGAAGAAGCCAUCACAGAUUUGUUCAGCAAAACUCUUCCAACAAGUAUCAAGGUGGCAGACUUGGGUUGCUCUUCAGGUCCAAAUACCUUCCAGAUUAUAUCUCAAGUUAUUGACAUCAUCCAUGAGAUAUGCCAUCAAGAACAAUUGAAGUUGCCUGAGUUUCAAGUGCUUCUAAAUGAUCUCCCAGGGAAUGACUUCAACACUGUGUUUAGCUCAGUUCCUGGUUUCUACGAGAGACUUAAGAAAGAGAAGGGAGAGAUGCUGCAGGAUCUGUGUUUUAUAGCAGGCGUGCCAGGUUCUUUCUAUCAGAGACUGUUUCCAAGCACGAGCCUGCACUUUGUACACUCUUCAUAUGGGCUUCAUUGGCUCUCAAAGGUCCCACAAGGAAUAGAGAACAAUAAGGGGAACAUCUACAUGGCAAGCUCAAGUCCUCCUAAUGUUUUCAAAGCUUAUGCAGAGCAAUUCCAAAAAGACUUCUCAAAUUUUCUAAGGUUGCGUUCCAAAGAAAUAAUGCCUACGGGGCGUAUGGUGCUCACCUUUAUGGCUCGGAACAAUCCAAUUUUCUCAAACGAAGAUUAUGGUUAUUGGGAGCUCCUAGCUAAAUCCUUUCUUGACUUGGUUGCAGAGGGACUUGUAAAAGAGGAAGAUGUGAAUUCGUUCAACCUUCCUUUCUAUACACCAUGUGAGGAAGAAGUAGUUGAGAUUGUCGAGAGGGAAGGAUCAUUUGAUAUCAACGAGCUACAAGUUUUCAAAGUGGACUCCACUCCUCCUAGAGAUGGAGAUGACAUGAUGCAUGACAAAGACUUUGGGUUGAACAACAUUUACAUCCAAAGUGGGAAAAAUGUUGCAAAUAUUCUAAGAGCUGUUACAGAACACAUUUUUUGCAGUCAUUUUGGAGAUACAAUAAUCGACAAGUUAUUCAUAAGGUUUGCAACACAUAUAGCUAAUGGUCUAAGUAAUACAAAGAAGGGUGAGAGGAAGGGGGAGAGAGUUAACAUUGUCAUUUCAUUGACAAAGAAUUAUGAGGAUAAGCGCAUGAAAGCUGCUAGCCCUGUCGGUGUUGCAAAUGUUAUUGAGGUUAGUUUGCACAAGGCAUUUAGGUAUAAGUGUAAAAAGGGUGGAAAACCUUCUAGGAAGGACACUGAAGAUGGAUCUACGCCAAACAAGGCAAAGAGUGCCAGGUGCCAUAAAGGUAAGAAUGAUGGUAAGAAAGACAAAACGAAGUUAACUUGUUAUAAUUAUGGAAAAUUGGGACACUUCACUGGUGAAUGCACUAAACUGAAGAAGGUAUUUUUCAACUUUAUGUUUUAUUUUGAUUGCUUUGUGGCUAGGCAAAAUUUAUAUGCUCAUCAUUUUUCUAUGUUGGUUGUGGAUUCAUAA